CGGUCACCUUCCCUCACUCUCAUUUUCCUAUUGACCACAAUUGGUUUCAGCUGUUUUCCCCCUUAUCAACCGUUUUCCGAUAACGUUUUUUUAAAUGGCUCAACAAGAGUACAAGCUUCUCGGUGAGCAGUUGUUUACGUAUAAAGGCCAGGUGUUUCCUGUGGCUGACGCGUAUGAAUUAAACACGGAAUAUAUCGACAGCCUGGAACACUUUGAGAUCAAGGACAGUGAUGUUUUCCUUGUCACUUUCCCCAAAUCAGGUACAGUAUGGACCCAGCGUAUCAUCACCCUGUUGUUUGAGGAUGAUUUCCCAGAGGAGGCUAACCAGACCACCUUUAUGAGGAUGCCCUGGCUGGAGGUCCUGGAGAAGGGGAAGACCUACACCGAGAGACCCUCUCCACGCCUCUUCUGCUCCCAUCUACACCAGCAACUUAUGCCCAAGGGCCUGCAGAAGAAGAGGGCCAAAGUAAUCUAUGUGACCAGGAACCCUAAAGACAUCCUGGUGUCCUACUUCCACUUCUCUAAGUUCAUGAAGAAUCUGGACAGUCCAGAACACUAUGACGAGAUGCUGGACAAGUUCUUCUGUGGAUGGAUGAUUGGUGGCUGCUGGUUCGACCAUGUCAGAGGAUGGUACAACAACCAGGACAAAUACAACAUCCUGUUCCUCAGCUAUGAAGAGAUGAUCAAGGACCUGAGAUCGGUGGUAGAGCGUCUGGCUGAGUUUGUCGGGAAGAGCCUAUCUGAUGCAGCUAUAGACAGCAUAGUGGAGAAAGUCACCUUCAAUAACAUGAAGAAAGAUGACAAGGCCAACUAUGACUUCUUGCAUGAGAUCGUCAAUGACAAGAAGAAGGGGAAGUUCCUACGCAAAGGUACCAUAGGAGACUGGAAGAACUCGUUGACGGUGGCUCAGAGUGACCGCUUUGACCAGGUCUAUCAGGAGAGGAUGAAAGACCUGCCUCUCACCUUCGUCUGGGACAUCACAGAGCUUCUGAUACAGACACACAGUGGUGGCUCUAGUUUGUAUGGCUCCUAGGGCUAACUGUCCCUUGGGCUAACCGUCCCUUCAGUGCCCCCACCCUCCCCCCAAAAAGCAUCAAUCAGCACUAAAUAAAUAAUUACAACAUUUAAAAAUACUAAAAUAAGACUCAUAAAUAUCAAAAAGAAGUAACAAAGACAAAUAUAAACAAAUUGUAGUAUAUAAAUAAAAUUUAAAAGAGAAUUGAAUUAUUACCCUAUUGCUAACAAAAACACACAAAUAAAACUCAAUUGCACCAAUCCUAUAUCACACAAAUACACAAAGAGAAUAACACACUUAUAGAGAAGAGAACCUGAUUAUUACACUAUUGAACUUCAAACAAGAAACACACUCAACUAAAUUGCACAACUAAUUGCAUUACUAAUUACAUUAGUACUGUACUAAGUUAGAGGUGCACUAUUUGAUAGAUUCCCCGCUCCCCCUUCCUCUGGCUUCCAGUGGGGAGACCUGAGGUCAACCUACCCCCGCCCCCUCCCCAUCUCAUACUUCUGAGUGGGAGGCCUGCCUAGCUCACUAACUAGAAUCAGGGUGCCCACUCCGACAAGGUUAAUUUACCCACAGUGCCACAUGGUGACAUGAUAUCAUUGAUGUAAUGAGCAAAUGAGCGAUGGAAAACCGAUCAUGUCACCAUUCAGAAUAUUAUUUUUAUAUAGUGUGGGCGCCCCAUGCUGCCCCCGGCAAGACGCCACCCAGGGCGGCUGCCCAUGGCACACACACACACACACACACACAGUCUCUUUCACACACACAUGAACACAUACUCUCUCACACACACACAUUCUCUCUCUCUCUCUCUCUCUCACACACACACAUAUUCUCUUUCUCUCCAACACACACACACACACACACACACACAUUCUCUCUCUCUCUCUCACACACACACACACUCACUCUCUCUCUCACACACACACACAUACUCUCUCUCUCUCACACACACACACAUACUCUCUUCUCUCUCUCACACACACACACACACAUACUCUCUCUCUCUCUCACACACACACAUACUCUCUUCUCUCUCUCUCACACACACACACACACACACACACACACACACACACACACACACACACACACACACACACACACACAUACUCUCUUCUCUCUCUCUCUCACACACAAACACACAUACUCUCUCUCUCUCACACACACAAACACACAUACUCUCUCUCUCUCACACACACAAACACACAUACUCUCUCUCUCUCACACACACACACACCUUAAAUAUUAUUUCCAUGAACUGUUAAAUUUAGUUCCACAAAUAUCCUACUCUUUUAAUAAUGUGAAUAAAAAUGAAAUAUAUUCAUUUAAUUAAAAGACUCAUGCAAAUAUAAAUCGGUAUAAUAUACUUCAUUACAUUAAAAUGGAAUAUUGUAGUAACUUGUGUUUGUGUCUGUUAUUAAUAAAGACUAUAGGUUAUUAUUCGUUUAUUAUGGGGAAUUACUGUAUUAUAAGCAAUAAUCUGUAUGCACCUUUAUUAUUAUGAUUAUUAUGUAUUGUCCGUUUAUUAUGGUGAAUUAGGUAGUUGAAGUCAUACGGUAAAGGGAGACGGGUUGACGUCAGGGUUUGUAUUUACAUGGA